AUGAACUCCCUCGUGCAGUCGGCGAGGAGAAAUCCUCAGAGUGCAUCUCUUGUUAGAGCUUCAGCGCGGGCGGCACACAACCACGGCAGGACGCCCUCGUAUCGCCGGUUACUCUCGACAGACCUCAGCGGCAACGCUGCGCUGGCCUUUUCACGACAACAAUCCGCCCUCCGACCUACACCCCUGCGAUCACAGUUCCUCCCCGAAGAUGUGCGAUCCAUCUCGAGUUCGAUGCAAUCCCGCUCUUUCCACUUGACGGCCGGACAGCUCCAGAAACAGCAGACCGAGAAGCCCAAGACGCCCGAGGAAAGCGCAAAGGCCGAGGAGACCAAGCCCGAGGACGCCGAGUCCGAGGCCAAGGAGGAGUCGACCGAGAAGAAGCAAGAGGAGGGCGAGAAGACCGAGGGUCAAGAGGAGGCCAAGGAGGGUGAGCAGGGCGACAAGAAGCAGAAGAAGGAGGAUGCCCCGCCCCCGCCACCCCACGGUGACAAGACGCCAUGGCAGGUUUUCACGGAGACUAUGCAGGCCGAGUUCAGCAAGUCCAAGGAGUGGAACGAGUCGACGAAGGCGCUGUCUGGUGAGAUCCAGGACUUUACCGAGAGCGAGCGCGUGAGGAAAGCCCGCGAGGCCUACGAGAAGUCCACCGGAGCUCUGUCUUCGGCCGCUAGUAGCGCUGUCAAGACUACGGCUGGUGCGAUCGGAAAGGGUGCCGCAUGGACGUGGGAUACCACUGCCAUGAAGGGCGUCCGCAAGGUCGCCAACGUUACCGGAGACGCUCUCGACAAGGCGACGAAGCCCCUUCGUGAGACCGAGGCGUACAAGAACGUUAAGGAUGUUAUCGACGAUGGCAGCAGUUCGCGCUACGGUGGCUGGGUCGAAAAGGAGGAGCGCAGGAAGAAGCGCGAAGCCGAGCAGGCCAAGCACGGCAAGCCCGUGAUCAUGGAGGAGGACCCCAACGCCGGCACCAACGUUACCCUGCACAAGGACGCCGCCUGGAAGGAGGCCUGGAACGAGUUCAAGGACGGCAACAAGUUCGCCCAGGGUUUCUUCAACGCCGGCAAAGUCUACCGCGAGUCCGACAACCCCCUCAUCGAGACGGCGCGCCUGGUCACGGACAAGAUUGGCGGCUUCUUCGCCGAGAACGAGACAGCGCAGGUCAUCAAGAAGUUCCGCUCCAUGGACCCCAACUUCCAGACGGAGCCCUUCCUCAAGGAGCUCCGCGAGUACAUUCUCCCCGAGGUCCUCGACGCCUACGUCAAGGGCGACGUCCCGACCCUCAAGCUGUGGCUCUCCGAGGCGCAGUACUCCGUCUACGAGGCCCUGACCAAGCAGUACCUGCAGGCCGGUCUCAAGUCCGACGGCAAGAUCCUUGACAUCCGCCACGUCGACAUUGUGCGCGCGCGCAUGCUCGACCCCGGUGAGAUCCCCGUCUUCGUCAUCACCUGCAGGACGCAGGAGGUGCACGUCUACCGCAAUGCCAAGAGCGGCGAGCUCGCGGCCGGUAUGGAGGAUAAGGUCCAGCUCGUUACGUACGCCAUCGGCAUCACCCGCGUGCCGGACGACGUCAGCAACCCCGAGACUAGAGGAUGGCGUCUCAUUGAGAUGCAGAAGAGCGGAAAGGACUACUACUAA